AUAGCAUUAAAGAAAAUUCCCCUUUUAAUUAUUCAGAAUUUGUAAUGGCCGUCUACGAAAAAAUCGCGAUAGUUUUGUUGUUGACAGUGUCGAUGAUUGUGGCCAACCAGCAAGAGUUCAUUCAGAGCCCUCAACCUUAUCGAUCAGUUGAUCGUCAAGACAAGUUCAACGGUAACUACAAUGAAGCUAUGGACAAUUUAAGUUCUGGCAAUGCCAAGCGGCUCCGCGGAUCGGCUCCAUCCGAUCCGGAGGGCCCAACUAGCGACACUCAUUCCAGUUACCGUAGCCAAAGUAACCAAGCUCGUCAAUAUCCAUCAGCUUCUAGCCGACAAUACGAAGUCCCAUCAGUAGAUUACGAUAUCAAUCGUAAUGGUGAUCCGGCUUAUUAUAGCGAACCCAGUACAUUUGUUCAAACUCCCGCUAAUCGCAAGACAUUUGCAGCCGGCAAAUCCAGUAAUUUAGCUUUGGUGGUAUCUCCCUUGGCCGGCAUUGCUUUCGUUGCUGCUGCGGCCGCAGUGGCCAUCAGCCCGGUCUACUUGACAUUAUCCUCGUCAUUGUUGUCUGGUCGUAAGAAACGCGAUCUUGCUUCCAUGAUGGAUGCAACUAUGGCUGACAAGAUCACACCCGAAAUGAUGCAAAAAAUUCAAGAGCUCCAGACGCUGGAGAAAUUUUUGGCUUCAAUCCCAAAAGAGACCGACUAUCAGCAACAGAUCAUGUCGAUGUACCUCUCUUGCUCCGGUUACACUCGCGAAGGCAACGUUUGCCUCGAUCGCAUUUUCUGCGAAUACGGCAAUGCCGAGUCGAAGAUUUCCGAAGAAGAACGUGACGUCCUAUCCAUCGUGCUAUACAACAUUAUGUCCAACACGUUUAUCCCGAUCGAGUACAAGCAACGAUUGAGGUCGGCCGCACGCAUUGGUCGUGAUUUCCAGCAAUGCAACAGAUACGACUGUCCCGCUCUGAGCGAUGCUACUUCUAGUUACUAAAAACAACGGACUAUUUUUUCUUUCUCGUUUUUAAUCUUAAUCUCGGCGAAAAGGACAACGGCAACACAAUUGGGAAAUCACGCAAUUCGCAAUAAUGCAUCACGAUAUUAACUAAUAAUUUAAAUUAAGCUCUUCAUCAUGAAAAUCAAACAAUUUAUCUGAACUGCUAUUCGUUAACGACUUUGUUCUUUAGGUUUCAAAUACACUCGUUAUUCCUUAA